UGUUGAUUUCGAGAGUGCCGUUGUUGAUAUUCCCCACUUCACCAUUCAUCUUUCAUGCGCGGCCAUCAGCCUGUUUCUCUGUAAUCUAACGUGGUCGCCGUAAUUUUUCUUAAUAAGUUGACAAAUUCAUCUUCAAGAUGUUGAUGUCAAAAAACAAUAGAAAUUUGAUCUAUGAAACCCUCUUCACAGAAGGAGUGAUGGUUGCCCGCAAGGACUUCCACCCCAAAAAAGACCCAAUCCUUCAGGAACAAAGCAAGAAGUCAGUUCCAAACCUAGAACUCAUCAAGGCUAUGCAAAGCCUUAAAUCCAAAGGCUACGUUAACGAAAGGUUUGCCUGGAGACAUUACUACUGGUACCUGAAUAACAAUGGUAUUGCCUACCUCAGGGAAGUUCUACAUCUCCCACCAGAAAUUGUUCCAUCCACCCUUAAGAAACCACAGAAGUCUGAUGCAACCAGAGCAACACGGUCAGCCAUCUCGAAAGGAGAAGCCAGCCAAGGUGAUGGUGACAAGGGAACAUACAGGAGAAACAUGGACAAGAAAUCUGAUGUUGGACCUGGUAGCUCAAAUCUUGAAUUCCGUGGUGGUUUUGGACGAGGACGAGGCUCUCAUGAUUAAUUGUAUUGUAUUAAUUUACUUUUUUAAUUUGUGUUAAUAAAUUUAUCAACUUUUUA